GUUUUGGCAAGCUGUUGCUGGGUCCGGCCCGUGUUUUGUAUCUCGCCGAGAGUGCACGUCUCCAGAAUGUUAAUACGCGGGGUGUAAAUGUUUAUCAAGCGCGCAACACUGUUGCAGAGAGUCGCCGAUAGCGACGGCAGAUGUGCUGUGGGUGUUCCUGCAGCUUUUCCUCACGGUGAUCGGCCGCAAUCCAUCCAGCAUCGUUCCGGAUGAUGUUUCUCUGAGCCAGCCGGAAAAGUCUGAAAAUGCCACGUACAAAGCAAAACAACCCCAAAAAUCUGAAGGACAAAAUAGAAGAGGCACAGAAGGAGCUUAAAGACCCCAAAGCUGCACACAAAGACAGUGAUGAAAAUGGUGGCAGAAAUUCUGAAGGAAUCAAAGGAUUAAAAAGGAAAAAAGUUGUCGUGCAAAACCAACUGAAGAAAAUACCCAAGUCUCCUGUCAAGAAGCAAUCCCAGGCCAAGAAAUCAAUUUCUUCUUCAUCAAAGGAAGCCACAACCUCUUCUUCCUUAACCAGAAGUCCACCACACGGUUUGAUUGAGCCUCAAGAUCUUGAAGAUGCUCUGCAAAGCACAUCAGUAGCUAGAGCAGUAAAAGUGGAGUCUUCCACCUCAGAGCCCCAGGCUCUCAGCCACGAGGAUCCUUCUGAAAGACCUGUACUCAACUCAUCUCCCUCUCACACAAGUGCCCCGCUCGAAGUACUGCUCAAAGCUAUGGAGCCAGAUUUCAAUACAUUGACAGAAAGGAAGAACACCAGUCCAAUAGGACAUCUUGGAAAAUCAGUUUCCAUUCCGGUUACUUAUUCAGACUAUGCCAUGGCAAUGCCCGCUGUCAAUUUUAACAUCCAGUCACAACCCACAUUUGUGCCACAUUUCAGUGCAGCAAAACAACAUUUCUACAGCAAUAUGGCAUCUACAGGACAACGCACAACACACCAGUAUGUCAACGUGUCGGGAAACCAUCAGCAAGAUAGACCAGGAUUCCAGAAAAGCUACAGUGUGGGUCCUUCACUUACCUUGAGCCAUGCACCAGUUCCUUCGGGUUCUGGUGGUUUACCUCAGAGCCAGCCACCUGUUGUACAAACAUGCCAGUCGCUGUCUGCCACAGUCCCCAGCUCAAUUCAAGUCCCAGUCAUGCCAGGGGUCAACCCUGUUCAGAUGGCAACGGUUGUAAACUUUGGAACGAGUCAAGUAUCUGAUAAUUUGGCUAAAGAGCAAAAACCGAAAAAGCAAGGGAAGUACGUCUGCGAAUACUGCAAUAGAGCCUGUGCUAAACCAAGUGUGCUCCUUAAACACAUACGGUCCCACACAGGAGAAAGACCAUACCCAUGUGUGACAUGUGGGUUUUCAUUUAAGACAAAGAGCAACCUGUACAAGCACAAAAAGUCUCACGCACAUGCAAUCAAACUAGGUCUUGAAAAAGACACUGGAAGCGGAUCCCUCUCCCAAGAGUCAGAAAAAGGACUUGUAACACAUUCUGAUGCGGAAGAAAGCGAAAACAGCGAUGAGGAGGGCAGUGCAGGUGAUUUAGACCCAGAUUCUUCGCAGGGUAGUUUGGCUACUUUAUCUGAGAGCAGUUUGCAGAGUGCAUGUAUAAUACCAGGCAGCCAUGGAGAGAUCGAGAAUACAGUUGUGUUUGAAACUCUGAAACCAUUGGUCUCUCAGAGAGGGUGUGAACCAAAAGUCACUGCUCCUCUACCAAAAGUGGUUGUCCACCCCGUUAACGUUUCACCCUUACGUGCAGACAGCCCAAUAGUUACAGAUUCUGCACAUGAACAUGCCACUGCCCAGAGGCAAAGGGAUUUCCAGUCCGCAAACCUAAGGUCCAAUGUAAUGGUCCUAUCCUCACUGAAAGAAGUGGACUGUACAAAUCCUCUACAGGACUCCGUAAGUGAGGAUGAAGAUCAGCAUUGUAAAUCACCUGUGGGAGGCAGCCAUGCCCAGUUACAGAGGCAACAAGCAACUGAUUUCUCUCAGCAACCACAAGGCAAGUGCCUACUAAGUCCUCGGAGUCUUGGAAGCACUGACUCUGGCUACUUUUCACGUUCUGAGAGUGCUGACCAAGCUAUGAGUCCUCCAAGCCCAUUUGUCAAGAUCACCCCACCAGCAGAAACUGACAUAACAAAAACCCCACAAGUUCCUACUUCCCCAGUUGUGGCAACUGUCAUGCAUGUAGCAACAAUUGAGAAGCCUCGGGUUUCAUCAGGACAAAUGCGUCCUCCGUUGGAAACCAAAGCUCUGUCUCUUGAGGAACGCAUCUCAAAACUAAUCUCGGACAAUGAGGCUGUUGUGGAUGACAAGCAAUUAGAUAGUGUCAAACCUAGACGGACUUCUCUUUCUCGAAGGGGUAGCAUAGAUUCCCCUAAAUCUUACAUUUUCAAAGACUCUUUUCAGUUUGAUUUAAAACCACAAGUGAGAAGAUCUAGUUCCAACUCCGACAUACCAAAAUCUCCUUUUACACCCACAGAUAAAUCUAAGCCAGUAUUUCUUCUUUCUGUACCAUCUCAGUAUCCAGCUAUGGACUGUUUACCAAUUACAAGAAGUAAUUCAAUGCCUACAACACCUGGCCAGUCAGCUCUUCUUCCCAAUGUUACACCUCAGCCUCAUCCACUAAGGAUCUGUCAUUCAUUUGACGAAAAGAUUAGCUCACUAAACGAUGAUGUAUUCUCUUCAGCUCCUCAUACUCCCAAUCCGGCUGUACAUAGUCGUACUUUAGUCAGGCAGAUAGCAGUUGAGGAUUCAUCCACAAAUGAUGGCCACGUGCUUAUAUCUGUUCAAUCCAUGGACGACAGCUAUCAUGGACCAAGUAUUACACAAGAGCUGCGAAGUAAGUCAUUUGAACAUGCAACUGAAAGAAACCGAAAGCCCCAGCAAAGUAAAGGGACAAUGUACGAAUGUGAAACCUGCCGUAACCGUUACAGAAAGCUGGAAAACUUUGAAAAUCACAAGAAGUUUUAUUGUUCUGAACUGCAUGGUCCCAAGAACAAGCCUAUGCAAACGAGAGAUGUUGAGCCGGAUGUGUUUGGACGUGGUGUUCACCAACCAAUGUUAAACAGAAAUGCAGUAAUAACUGGCGUUGUCGAGCAACCAGUUAUGGUUAGAAAGAGAAGGAAAAUUAAAAGUGUCGGAGACGAUGAUGACCAGUCUCCAACUGAGACCACACCUCCAUGUUCAAGAAGUUUUGAUUCCUGCCAAAUGUCCACAGGUUCACUGGGCAGAUCGUAUUCCCACCCAGCACAGUCUAUAAAUAACCCUGCAGCUUUAGGUCAAAUACAAACCAUUGGAAGAGUUCCUGAACCACAGGAGUCAAGACUAUCUCCAAUACGUGAGGCCCAGAUCAGCACACCAAAUAAAGAUAGAGGAGAUCUCCAGAGACAAGGAAGUGGAACUUCAGUUAUUCGACAUACAAACUCCCUCAGCCGACCCAAUUCUUUUGAAACAUCAGAGUCCAUUGAGAGAUCAUCUCCUGUCGAUCCUGGUGAAAGGGAUGUAAAAAGCUCUACAAAUUGCCAUACAGAGGCUUUAGUAUGUCCAUCUACACAAAGCUACCAUGACAGAAUGUCAACACCCAAAUGUGCCAGCCAAACAAGUGAGCAUCAUGUUAGGCAAACCUUUCCCAUUGCUGGUGAAAGUUCCACACCUGUACAACAAUCGCGACUUGUACGGCAGAACAACAUACAAGUCCCUGAAAUUCUAGUUACAGAGGAACCAGACAGAGAUCAUGAAAGUCAAACUGUAGAAUCAACAGAGAAACCUGUAGAAACUUUCAACUGGCCUCAGAGGAGUGAGAGCUUGUCCAAAUUGCCAACAGAAAAACUCCCCCCAAAGAAGAAGCGCAUAAGACUUGCCCAAAUGGAACAAUCUUCUGGCGAUUCUAGCUUUGAGUCAAGUCUCUCUCGUAGCCUUAGUAGAGACAGUAGCUUGUCAAGGUGCUCAAGUAUUUCAGCCUCUUUUGACAGAGAUGAUCCACCAAGGUCUGACAGCCCGUCCAGAGUUGAAAGUGUUGGGAAGCCGCCAGAAGCUCAAGGGCUCCCUGUAGCAAACAACACUCUUGGAGUGCCAGGCGUGAUGAGACGAGCUACCUCAGAGCAGAUCAGCUGCACUCAGUCAUCAGUGGAAAUAUCUUGUGAUUACCGUAGCAAAUCAUUUGACUGCAGCAUGUCACCUUGCAGAUCUUUGUCACCAAUGCAGACUUUCAUGCUAAAAACUGCACAUAGUCCCCCAACUACCCAGGUCCCUCUCAUUGAAAGAAGAAGGGGGCCUUUGGUACGUCAGAUGUCUUUGAAAAUUGCCCCAGACCCUCAACUGACAGUAAAACAAACAGUCUCCAUUCAAAGAGGGCCCUUCACAAAUGAAUCAUCUUGCUCCCAAUCUAGACCAGUAUGUGGGAACACAUCCACUCAUGUUCAGCCCUUUGUUUUGCAUUCUGGAGAGGCACCAAAAAAGAAAUAUGAGCAAAUGGUUCAAAGCAUCAACCUUGGAAUUCAAAUCCUACAACCCCAAGUUUAUGGCCUUCCACAUCCAUGGCAUCAGACGUCAAGGGUUGGGGCAUGCCAGGUGCAACCUCUGGUCCAUAUGGUAGCUGGUCGAACAGACAUUCAAAAGAGCUCUGAUGACAACAAUAACAAUAGCUUUGUACCUAAAUAUCAGCUGAAUUGCCUGGUGCAGAAAACAGGCCAAACGUAUUCCUUAGCAGGUUUGCAAGGCAAACAGAUUACUUUGCCAGUGUGUACAAUACCAAUGGCUAAUGAAAUUAAAGUCUCCCAGUCAAAUGAUGGAAUACAAAACAUCUAUGCAGCACAACCAGGCUAUCAGGCUGUUCUGCCAGUUGGUAUUCAAGGUGAUCCUGCCUCUCAAACAACUACAGUAGCUUCAUCUGUACCACAGAUCCUAAUUACACACGACCACACGCUAGCACCUGCUUCUGUGGCUUCUAAGGUGAACUUUCCUUCAGUGCAUGUCGUGAACAGUGAUUCAAAGAUUAGAACUGACAUCCAAACUUACAGGCAAGCGGGAUCUGUCGCUAUCCAGACAAAGAACAACAUCAACACCACUGAACUGAAACAGACAACUGAGCAAACCAUCUUAUCUCUUGGUUCCCUACAUUGUACUCAAAAGCUAGCAUCAGUAAAUCUAUGCCCGCAGGAGGCCACUGCCUCAAGCAAGCGAAUGCUCUCCCCUGCCAACAGCCUGGACAUUGCUAUGGAAAAGACACAGAAGCGGGCUAAAGAUGAGCAUGGAGCUGUAUGUCUCACUGACGGUAGAUCUUUAAAUUACCUGAACUCAAAGAUGUCCGAAAUGACCAGACAGAGGAAAUUAAUGCUGGUCAGACAGGUCUGCACCACAGAACCUGUGGACAGCCCAAUAGAGACAGAUGCACCAGAACAACUGCCAGAGACUUCAGAAGCAGAAAAGACAUCAGUCCCUCAGACACCAACACCAGAGAUCAAUGAACAGGAGGUUAAAAGCAGAACACCUACCACAACAGCACAGGCUGUUCAAUGUUCUGGUUCACGUUCUUCACCUGGAGCUCAAAACUACACCAUUCCAGAGAAUUCGUCUUUGAAGCAACAAGAAAAAGCUGAGGAGAAGCGGUGGUCUCAAUCGAAAUCUCCUCUGAGGCCUUCUACGUUUCACGGACAAGUGAAGUUAGCUUCUUCUGUGUCCGUUGUCAACACAAGAGACAGUCAUCGCCUGUCUUUCCCCAGUCUUAAAACAGCCACAACCUUCACCUGGUGUUUUCUAAUGAAAAGAAAACCUCUCCACAUUCAGCAGACUGACCAGAAGAUUUCUGCCUAUUCUGCCUGGGCGGUAAACCCCAACAAUCCUAAUCCAUUGGGCCUUCCCACGAAAGUGGUAAUGUCCUUGUUUGACUCCAAACAGACAUCUAAGAAAAUAAACUACACCCAAGCCAAAACAACAACUUUGAAGUCUGACAUCUUGACCUACUCUGGGAAGUUAAAAGACAUCUUGCCAAAAGUUUUAAUCCAGCAACGAUCCGUGCCAAAUGACAAUAGUAGAAAAAUGAAACCAGAGACGCUACCAACUAAUGAUUCAGAUCGAGAGUCUUCCAAAUCUGAACCUCAACGAGUGAAGAUCUUUGACGGAGGUUACAAAUCGAACGAGGAUUACGUUUAUGUCAGGGGGCGUGGAAGAGGAAAAUACAUCUGUGAGGAGUGUGGAAUCCGUUGCAAGAAACCGAGCAUGCUGCGGAAACAUAUUCGGACCCAUUCUGACAUCCGUCCGUUUCACUGCACGCAAUGCAACUUCUCCUUUAAGACUAAGGGGAACCUUACCAAACACAUGAAGUCCAAAGCCCACAGUAAGAAGUGCAUGGAGAUGGGUGUUGCGGUUGGAAUUAUAGAAGAUCAGGAUGCCGAAGACUUGGGUGAUCGAGGAAGAGCAGAAAGUGCUGACAGACAGGACUCAGACGGUGAUGACUCUGACGGCCCGGAUGAUGAAGAUAACGACGGGGAGGAAGAAGAUGAGGAGGACAGCCAGGCCGAGUCAGGCCUUUCUGCAACCCCAUCCGUUUCUGCAAGUCCUCAGCAUUUUCCUGCUAACCAAGCCGACAUCGCUCCCAGCUCUCUGCUGGCCCAGAUGUCCAUCAGCCUGAACCCAACCCCUGCUCCCCAACCUCCAGCUUCAGACUCCCAGACUUCAGACACAGAGUCUGUGGCUAUGACGAGUCCUGUUUCACUAGUCAGACAGAUGUCAAUCUCUGCAUCUUGUUCCAGCCCCGGUCCUAGUCUGACGUCUUUCUCUUCCUACCCCGUCCCUGCCUCUGAGACCCAUGCUUCCGACACCGACUCUGUGCACAUGAUGAGCCCGAUUUCGCCUUGCAGGCAGAUGUCCAUCGACUACCCUGAUUUUGACGUUCCCCCUAGUCCCCCUGUGCCAGGCAAGGGCACCAAAUUUGCCCAGGAUGGAGUUGCCAGCACCUCGUCCCAGCCUGCAAGCGAGUGCAACGCCAAUGUUGACCGUGGUACUCAGACCUCCUCUGAUCCUCUUCAGGGACCCAUGCACUUUCCAAACACGGGUCUGAUCCACGAGUCCAGAGUUGGAACCACUACUCACCUCUUCAGCCACCUGCCUUUGCACUCCCAGCAGCCACCACGUUACCCCUACAGCAUGGUACCUGUAGGUGGCAUUCAGCUCGUUCCUGCCGGUUUGGCAGCUUACUCCACAUUUUUACCUAUUCAAGCCGGGCCAGUCCAGCUAACCAUCCCCGCCCUCAGCGUCAUCCACAGGCAGUCCUGCAGCCCUCUUCCAGCCCCCAACACCUCUCCGCGGCCCGAGGGUUCCCCGAGCCAUCCGCUGGUAGUUCAGGAGCCAGUUAACAGCGUCUUGCCUUGUUUCCCAUUGGGACAAGUCACAGGGCUCCAGACGCUUGGUUCUCCCCAGACUACCCUGCACCCUAUGGGUUUAGAGACCUUAAGUGUGUUGGGUCUAUCCAACUCGACCCAGCUGGUUCCUCAACCGCUAAAUGCCACCCUGGGCGUGCAGGUGUUGGCAGCCAGCCCCGCCCCUCAGAUCAGCACAGCUUCUCCGGCACAGAUCCCUAGCCUGCAGAUCCUCAACAUUGCCCUUCCAGCCCUAAUACCGUCCCUCAGCCCCCUCUCAGCUUUAAGCCCACUUCCAGCAACCCAGGACAUGCCACACAGCCCUGAGGGUGUAGCAUCUGCACCUCGACCAGCCAAGGUUGCAGAAUCACCACCACCACCUAUACCCUCAGCCAGUCCUCCAACAGCCAGUCCACAAGUGAAAAAUGUGAAGCCAUCCAGAGAUGAAACGCAGGUUUCUCUGAGCAGCCCCAGCAGUGGAUCUGUAGACACGGGGUGUACAGAGAAGACUAUAGCCAUGGUGAAAAAAACAAUGCAUGCUCAUUCACCCCCCUCAUCCACUAAUGAGAGAAGCUCGGAUCUUCCUCAGAAGGCAACAGCAGGUGGGGCUAGCCAAGCGAUACCACGGCAACCCGUCUCUAGACAACCAGUGACUAUUGAUGAUAACGAAGCCUCCAGUGAGGACGAGGACAGACUUGUCAUAGCUACCUGAGAGUUCCAAUAAAAACUCUUUUUCUUCUGUCUAUGAAUCUGUAUUAUCUCUCUCUUCUCCCUCUUUUGUAAAACUUUGUCACUUUGUAAAACUGAAACACUUAAAAAGGUUUGCAGCUCUGGCAACCUUCUAAAAAAAGCACAUUUUCUGACAGUCAUAUUGUACGUGCAAUCAUAAACAAUGACCAAUUAUGUUAUUUUGUACUUUUUUUGUCAGCACCAGACCGUUUUCUUUUCUUUUUUUGUACAUGUUGUAUAGACAAUUGUGCCUUUUGGAGUUUCUUGUUUAGAAACCUGUACAUAAUAUCUUAUAAACCUAGUAGUCACCUAUUAUGUUAGAUGAAACUGAAGGUAAAGAAUGGAGUAAAUACUGUUUUUAGUUAAAAAAGCAUUUUACGUCUAUCAUAAAUUUAUGGGGAAAUAAAUGUUGUAUUGAUGUACAAUAUAUGAACAUUUCUAUGGCUUUUGGGGGGGAACUGUUCCUGUGCACAGAUGUUGUGGUCAAGUAUUUAUUAUAUUCCACCUGGUGCCCAUGUUGAACUCCAUCAAUCCAUAGGUAUGAGUAAAAUGGUGGCUUUACAUUUGCUGUAUAUCUAUACUAUCGAGAGUAUCAGUAAAACCUUGUUUACAAGUG